AUGGCUUCGCAGGCAGACUACAAGGACCGGCAAUUCCUCGCCGUGAUUGGCGACGAGGACUCGGUGACGGGACUGCUCCUUGCUGGCAUCGGCCAUGUCACCGCUGGUGCCGACGCGCAGAAGAACUUCCUUGUGGUCGACAGCAAGACUGACACUGCGGCUGUCGAGUCCGCUUUCGACCGGUUCACCCAGGAGAGGAAAGACAUUGGCAUCGUCUUGAUCAACCAACACAUUGCUGACAGAAUACGGCAUCGGAUCGACACCUACACGGCGGCUUUCCCUACGGUCCUCGAGAUUCCAAGCAAAGAUCACCCUUACGACCCGGAGAAGGACAGUGUACUGAGGCGGGUACGCCGACUAUUUGGCGAGUAA